UUUUUCGCAGUAGGGUUGUAGCGGAGUACGCCACCUCCCCCCUCCUCUCUCUCAUUCUGCUUCGUCUUUGUCCUCUUUUUCGUGGGCUCUCUCUGUAGAGCGGCAAAAUGGGAGCUUCCCUUCCUCCUAAAGAAGCCAACCUUUUCAAGCUCAUCGUCAAAUCUUAUGAGACUAAGCAAUACAAGAAGGGACUGAAGGCAGCAGAUACAAUUUUAAAGAAGUUUCCCGAUCAUGGGGAGACUUUAUCCAUGAAAGGAUUGACUCUAAACUGUAUGGACCGCAAAACUGAGGCAUAUGAGCUAGUUCGUCUUGGUGUCAAGAAUGACAUCAAAAGUCAUGUUUGCUGGCAUGUGCUUGGUCUUCUGUAUCGGUCAGACAGAGAGUAUAGAGAGGCCAUCAAAUGCUACCGGAAUGCUUUAAGAAUAGAUCCUGAUAACAUUGAAAUACUCAGAGACCUCUCACUCUUGCAGGCACAAAUGCGGGAUGUAUCUGGUUUUGUGGAGACAAGGCAGCAGCUUUUGACUUUAAAACCAAAUCAUCGCAUGAACUGGAUUGGCUUUGCAGUCGCCCAUCAUUUACACUCAAAUGCUUCAAAAGCGGUUGAAAUCUUGGAAGCGUUCGAAGGCACCUUGGAGGAUGAUUAUCCUCCUGAGAAUGAGAGAUGUGAGCACAGUGAAAUGCUCCUAUACAAGGUAUCCUUGCUGGAGGAGAGUGGUUCCUUUGAGAGAGCUCUCGAACAGUUGCACAAGAAAGAGCCGAAAAUUGUGGAUAAGCUGGCUUACAAAGAGCUAGAGGUAUCUCUCUUGACAAAGCUUGGCCGUCUAGAAGAAGCAAAUAAACUCUACAGGGUGUUGCUUUCCAUGAACCCUGAUAAUUAUAGAUAUUAUGAAGGACUUCAAAAAUGUCUUGGAUUGUAUUCAGAAAGCGGUCAGUUUUCGUCUGAUGAGACUGAGCAGCUAAAUGCCUUGUACCAGUCUCUUAGUCAGCAGUUUACUUGGUCGUCUGCUGUUAAGAGAAUACCUUUAGAUUUUCUGCAAGAUGAGAAGUUUAAGGAAGCUGCAGUAAACUACAUUAAGCCUCUGUUGACCAAGGGUGUUCCUUCAUUGUUUUCUGAUCUAUCUUCUCUGUAUGAUCACCCUGGCAAGGCUGAUAUUUUGGAGAACCUGGUUCUUGAGAUGGAACAUUCAAUUAGGACUACUGGGAGUUACCCUGGAAGUGAUGUGAAAGAGCCCCCUUCAACACUUCUGUGGACUUUGUUUUUUUUGGCUCAGCAUUAUGACAGGCGUGGUCAAUAUGAUGUUGCCCUCUCUAAAAUCGACGAGGCUCUUGAACACACUCCUACAGUAAUUGAUCUGUACUCUGUUAAGAGCCGGAUACUGAAGCAUUCGGGAGAUUUAACUGCUGCAGCAGCACUUGCCGAUGAAGCUAGAUGCAUGGACCUAGCUGAUCGCUACAUAAACAGUGAAUGUGUUAAGCGUAUGCUUCAAGCAGAUCAGGUGACCUUGGCUGAGAAAACUGCUGUUUUGUUUGCAAAAGACGGUGAUAAGCAUACCGAUCUUAAUGACAUGCAGUGCAUGUGGUAUGAACUUGCGUCCGGAGAAAGCUAUUUCCGUCAAGGGGAUCUUGGGCGGGCUCUAAAGAAAUUUUUGGCUGUGGAGAAGCACUAUACUGAUAUUUCUGAAGAUCAAUUUGAUUUCCAUUCCUAUUGCUUAAGAAAAAUGACAUUGCGUUCAUAUGUUGACAUGCUUAAGUUCCAAGAUCGAUUGCACUCUUUCCCAUAUUUCCACAAAGCUGCAGUUGGAGCCAUCAGGUGCUACUUGAAAUUAUAUGAUUCUCCCAAGUCAAAUGCUGAAGAAGAUGAAAUGUCAAAGUUGCCUCCUGCACAGAAGAAGAAAAUCAAGAAGCAGAGAAAAGCAGAAGCCCGGGCUAAAAAUGAAGCUGAGAGUAAGGGCGAAGAAUCAACUGCUAGUGGUGUCUCCAAGCCUGGCAAACGCAAUGCGAAACCUGUAGACCCAGAUCCACAUGGGGAAAAAUUACUGCAGGUUGAAAAUCCAAUGGCGGAAGCUUCGAAGUACUUGAAAUUACUCCAGAAGAACUCACCUAAUUCUCUGGAGACUCAUUUACUCUCUUUUGAGGUUAAUAUGAGAAAGCAAAAAUUCCUUCUUGCAUUUCAGGCUGUAAAACAAAUGCUGAAAUUGGAUGCUGAGAACCCUGAUUCACAUCGUUGCUUGAUCAAAUUCUUCCUCAAGACAGGAUCAAUGGUUACUCCAUCCACUGUAGCAGAAAAAUUCCUUUGGAAUGUCCUAGAGGCAGAGCGCCCUUCAAUCAGUCAAUUGCAGAAUAAAUCAUUGGAGGAGGCAAACAAAGAUUUUCAUGAUCGACACAAAGGAUCCUUGAUGCACAGAGCAGCUUAUGCAGAGAUGCUGUAUGUUAUAGAUCCAAGCAAGAAGUCUGAGGCUAUUAAAUUAAUCGAAGACUCAACCAGCAAUGUGGUUCCAACAAACGGAGCGUUAGGACCAGUAAGGGAAUGGAAACUAAAAGACUGCAUGGCAGUUCACAAACUCCUGGACACAGUUUUCCUUGAACCCGAUGCUGCAUCCGGAUGGAAAUCACGAUGUGCGGAAUACUUCCCGUAUUCCACGUAUUUUGAAGGAAAACUCAGCUCUGCAACGUCCCAACCAUCUCGUAAGAUCGCUGAGAACGGCGCAAGGCUAAACCAUGCCAUGGGCCAGAACGAACUCAUCGACGUGAAACUCGACGCAUUCAAGAACCUUUCGGUGUCAUGACACAGCCUCCCUUCCUUUUUUUUGGGCUGUAGAAGGAUUUCGUGGCUACAAAAAAAAAAGACAAAAGAUCGGAACUGAAGAAGGGUCAAUGAGUGGAAAGCCAUCGUUGACUCUCGAGGAGCCCAUGUCUUCUUUUUUUUUUUUUGGCAGAAAAAAAAGUGGGGAAAAUGUGUGUAAUGUUUUUUACAGGCUGAGUAAGUUGUUUCCUUUUCCAUAGGUUUUUUCGGGGGGCAUUUACCCCCUUAACUUAUUUUUUGAAAGAUAAUAAUAAGAUAAGAGCAUCAUUUAUAUAUAAA